UCGGGCAAGGGCACACCGCAGCCAUGCUCUCCAAAAUCAGCAUCACUCGGUCUGCCGGCGUUUUGUCCAGGCUCGUCAUCAUUUCCGUGAUCCUCAGCGCUCUGUGCGACUUAACCACCGCAGGAGGCUGGAAAUUAAUAGUAUGCUACAGUGAUAAAGACUGCCCGAGGGCCGGACCGUACUGCGUGGCGAAGAAAUGCCGACCCAUCACGGCCUACUGCACUGGCAAUGAGACCGGUGUGGCGUCGUGCAACAGCUGCGUCUGCUUAAAUGGUGGCUGGGCGUGCACGAGGAAGGCGUGCGCCAGGAGCUUCCCUUACAACGGAGCUGUGCCAUGCCGCCUGGCGGAGGAUUUGUGCCGGAGCCAAAGCUCGGCUGAGCCUAUGGACCCACCGCCGGCCAGUGACACACCGUUGGCCAGCCCGUCGGUGAAGGGUGCAGAGAAGCUGUCCUCCCUGCCUCCCGCCGCCGGGCCGGAGCCGGUCGUCGACGCCGGCGAACCUGCGCCGCCGCCCGUCCGCGUCGACAGCGUGGCUGCAGCCGGCGACGCUCGUGGUGCCCUGCCAGCAGCGACAGUCCCAAGGCCGCAGGUAAACAGCGGGAAAUAG